AUGAAGAACCACAGCACCGUCACUCAGUUUAUUUUCACUGGCCUGUCUGAUGAGCCCCACCUGGAGGCUCUGCUCUUUGUGCUCUUCUUGAUAAUUUACAUUCUGACCAUAAUGGGGAACCUGAUGAUGCUGCUGGUAAUCAGGACUGAUUCCCGUCUCCACACACCCAUGUAUUUCUUCCUGAGUAAUCUGUCAUUCUUGGAUCUCUGCUUCUCCACUGUAACUGUGCCCAAGCUCUGGAGCAGUAGCAGUGGAGGGGGCAGGCCUUCCAGCUGCUGCCACAUUGCAGAUGAAGUUCCCAAUGUUUACAUUUUCCGGGGCCUUUGCAAACAGGCCAGGCCAGAAAGAUUCAACAUUGACAGUGACGGCCUUAUUGAUUUUCUUCUCUGUGACGAGUCAGGCAAGCUCAGAGACGGAGGCCGUAGUGCAGUGACAGUGCCAGAACAUAGUCCUACACACUCGGAUCUGAGCAGAGAACCCCACACUCCAACAGGUCAACUAGUCCAGGAAGUGAGAUUUCAUGUGUUAGCCCUCAUGGCAGAGAACAGAGACCUGGUAGAGCUGAUGGUCAGCCAGGGAGAGCAUGAUCAAGAUGGAGCUGUAACUUCAGCCCCCUCCUCCGAAUCCCACACUUCUGACUGUGACCUCAAGCAUGCGGAGGGCAUCAUCAAAGGCGAACUCACGCUUGAGCUCGAGCAACAGCCAACGGUAACAGAAGAAGAGAUCAUCAGCACCAGCUUCUUGCAGGUACUGGUAGAAUUCAGGGUCAGCAUGCCGCAGCAGCAGCUUGAGGUGGGCAAAUUUGGUAACCAUAGCAUGGCCAUCAGGAUGGAAGUUUGCAGACAGGCGCUUCAUGAUGCCACAAAAGCAGACAAAGGCAUGACCCUCAUCGUCCAUGACAGCGAGAAUGGAGACGUGAUCUGGGGGUCUACAGCGAAAGAACGGAACUCGGGAGGCAAGAUGCUCUCACACUUCAUGACUCUGACCCGCACCACCUCCCGCUCCUCCUCCUCAGCCCCUGCUGCUUGUAUUCCUCCCCCAGGCGGAGGGCCUCCAGAUGUAGCCCAGUCCGAAGACCCUAAGGCAGUUGCCAUCCUGCCUCCGCCCUGUCAGGAUGACGACAAGGCUCUUAUGUUUUCUUACCUGAUGAGGGAGCAGUCUAGUGAUUAUGAGAACCAGACCACCUGGUUGAUCUUGGUGGGCUUUGGGGAACUGCAACACCUGGGUUUCCUCCCCUUCACUCUCUUCCUAGCUAUCUAUUUGGUGACAGUUGGGGGUAACACCCUCAUUGUGCUUGCUGUGGCCUCUAGUCAGAAUCUCCAAACACCUAUGUAUUUCUUCCUCUGCCACUUCUCGCUGCUGGAAAUCGGCUACACCUCCAACAUCGUUCCUCGGCUUCUGUGGAGCUUCCUGGAAGGCAAGGAAGCUAUCUCAUUGGUCAGCUGUCUGGUCCAGUUCUACAUAUUUGCCUCGCUCGCUGCAGCUGAGUGCCUCCUUCUCUCUGCCAUGUCCUAUGACCGUUACUUGGCCAUUUGCCACCCCCUUCACUACCCUAUCCUGAUGAGCACCUGGUUGUGUGGCUCCCUGGCCAGUGGGGCCUGGCUCAGUGGCUUCAUCUUCUCUGCCUUCACUCUGGCCCUAGCAGCUCCUCUGCCACUCUGCCCUGGUAUCAAGGAAAUCAACCACUACUUCUGUGACUUUGCUCCAGUUGUAGGGCUGUUCUGUGGAGAUGUAAAUAUCAUGUGGGGAGCUGGGGUCAGCAUUUCAGGCUUCCUGACACUGGCUCCUUUCCUGUUGAUUGUGGCAUCCUACACCCUCAUCCUGAGGACUGUGCUGCGAAUUCCCUCAAGUCAUGGGAGACAAAAAGCCUUCUCUACUUGUUCCUCCCACCUUAGUGUGGUUGGAGUGUUUUAUGGUACCCUCAUUGUGGUCUAUGUGGCCCCAACAGAUCAUAUGCCCGCCUUGCUCCGAAAGGCCUUCUCUGUCCUCUACACUGUGCUUACCCCAAUGAUCAACCCCAUCAUCUACAGCCUCAAGAAUCAAGAGGUAAAAUGGGUCCUUCAUAAACUCUGGAGACAGUUCAUAUCAGACUGUACCCCACUGAGGGGGACAGGACGGCAAUUGACUUCUUCCUGGAUUCCAUGUUAA